AUGGGAGGCUGUGUGAUCUCUAUUAUGAGGUGGAGAAACAGCAUCUCCACCAAGGACUCCGAGUGCUAUUCAGAGCGUAUAACCUACGGUCCUAUUAAUAAAAAAGUGACCCCGGACGAACCUGAUAGAAGCGGCAUUUAUCGCUACGCCCGAGUUACCGAUAAGGAGCACAAGUUUUUCAGUACGAAUUUUUAUGAUGGAGAAAACAUCCUUCAGUCUCUAGAGCGCAAUUGCAAAGAACGGGACACACAAAAUGCCAUUUUUUACAGGAAAAUUAAAAAAAUGACAAAGGAAAAAAAAAUCGAUGCGAAAGGAAAGGAAAGAGUCUGGGAGUAUACACAUCUGGAUGAGCCUACCAAAAUAUCAUACAACGAAUUAUGGAAACUUAUCCUGGCAUUUGGCAGGGGUCUGGUGGAACUUGGGAUUAAGAAAAUGAGUAAGGUUGCCAUUUAUGAAGAAACUCGUUGGGAAUGGCUUACAAGCAUGUUUGGGCUUUGGACACAAGAAAUGAUUGGGGUCACCGUUUACUCAAACCUGGGAAGCGACGCACUUCACUACGCCCUCAAGGAGACGGUGUGUGCCGCUAUAGUAUGCAAUGGGAAGAACAUUGACAAGCUGGUGAAGAUCUUAGAUGAUGGGGUACCCAUGAAAACGAUCAUUUACCUCGAUGAACUGUCCGGGACUGUCGACCUGGGCAACUAUCAGGUCUACGCCUGGAUGGAUGUGGUGCAAAAAGGAAUGAAAAGCACGCUGCCCUAUACCAUACCCCACAACAACGAAACCAGUGUGCUCAUUAUGUACACCAGUGGGACCGUGGGAAACCCGAAAGGGGUGGAGCACUCCAUCGGCUCCCUUACCCACGGCGUCCACAUCAUCAAUGAUCGUCUUUCGGAGCUCGUCGGUGAAGAGACGGGGGAUAGCUACAUCGCCUACCUCCCCUCCGCCCAUAUAUUUGAGUUCGUGUGCGAGAACAUCAUGCUUUUGCGAGGGGCGAAGUUGUGCUUUGGCUCUCCGAGGACGUUGACAGACACCUACGCGAGGCCGUGUGGGGAUAUCAGCCUUUACCGGCCUUUUAUGAUGAUCGGCGUCCCACGGGUCUUCGAGACGCUCAAAAAGACCGUGGAGGAGCUCCUGCCCCGACCGGGGACCCUCAAACGGCGCAUCUUCGAUACCGCCUACCAGAGCCGAUUGGAGGCGCUGAAAAAGGGAAAGGACACGCCGUACUGGAAUAAAGUCGUCUUUAAGACCGCACGCGCGCUUUGGGGGGGGCGGAUGCGCGGGAUCUGCUGUGGGGGCGCCCCGAUCGCCGACAAGACCCAGGAAUGGCUAAAUGUGGUUCUCGGGGUGCCCGUGGUCCAGGGCUAUGGCAUGACGGAAACGGUCUGCAAUGCGACUGUUCAGCGAUUUGGUGAGUUCGUUUGCGUGGCCGGCCAAUUGUUAAAAGGUCUCGAGGCCAGGCUGUUGGAUGUCGAGGAGUAUAAACACACUGACACCCCCAACCCGCGCGGCGAGCUCCUGCUCCACGGCAACUUCCUCUUCAAGAGCUACUACAAACAGCCGGAGCUCACUAAAGAAGUGCUGCUGCCAAAUGGCUGGCUUCGCACCGGCGAUAUUGCCGAGUUUGAUGCAAAGGACGGAAAUAUGCGUCUUAUAGGUCGCAUCAAGGGGCUCGCUAAAAAUAUCCUGGGCGAAUAUAUCGCGCUUGAGAGCCUCGAGGCACUUUACUGUCAGCACCCCAUCGCGAUCGCCAAUGGAGUCUGUAUUUUGGUCGAUGCGCAGAAGCCCUACAUUUGUGCGUUGGCUCUGACGGAUGAGACCAAGGCGAUUGAGUUUGCCAAGACACACAAAAUCCCUGGUUCUUGGCCUGACAUCUUGAAGAACACAAAAUUCCAGGAAGAGGUCACGACCUCCAUGGUUGACCUUGCCAAAAGAGAAGGUAAAAUGGGCUUCGAGCAUGUCAGGCGAGUGCGUAUUCUAGUUGAUGAGUGGACGCCAGAGAAUGGACUUACAACGGCUUCAUCAAAAAUUCGCCGCCCCGCUAUUGAAAAACACUACGCCGAUGUCAUUCAGGAAUUGUUUUCGGAUUAA